UUAACGGCACCAGGACAACCAUGACGUGCUGCGAGGGGUGGACAUCCUGCAAUGGCUUCAGCCUGAUGAUUCUGGUCAUUCUAGGAGUGGUUAUUAAUUGUAUACCUCUGGGUAUGAGCUUAGUGGAGGGCGACUCGGCGUCCCCAAACCCCAUCUCUUGCUAUGAGUGGUGGUUCCCGGGAAUUAUUGGAGCAGGCGUGAUGGCCAUCCCAGCAACAACAAUGUCGUUGGCCUCCAGAAAAAGAGCAUGCUGCAAUAACAAGACAGGGAUGUUCCUCUCAUCGCUCUUGAGCGUCAUCACAAUCAUCGGGGCUGUGUACUGCAUGCUGGUGUCACUCCAGGCUCUCGCGGAAGGUCCCCUCAUUUGUAACUCUCAAGCCAACAGUACUGUCUCUUGUGAGUUUUCGUUGAGAAACUUAAGUAACUUCCAGCCUGAAUCCUUCGAUCUCCAGUGGUUCUUCGAAAAAUCUUGUGUUUCUCCUGCUACUAAAAACACCACCGCCAGUGACAUAGUCAAUAACUGGAGCGUUCCCAGCUCUAACUCUGAAGAAGACAGACACAGGAUUUUCCACUUCUCCGUAUUUCUGAGUCUCCUGCUCGUCGGAAUCCUCGAGCUCCUGUUUGGGCUCAGUCAGAUACUCAUUGGUUUCCUUGGCUGUCUGUGUGGUGGUGUCUCUAGGCGAAGGAGUCGAGUUGUGUAGCUUAAAGGCUAAUAAACUAGAAUGUCAGUACGCUGAAUUUGAAAAUCGCAUUUCAAAUAUAUGCUUUUAUAAGUUCAAUAAUGGAGCUUCAUCUGGAACGCUGAGUGUUUUUAGUACAAAAAGUUGUUUUUGAAACCAUCUCUGAAGCAACUUAAAAAAAAUCAACCUAUCAAGCUGGACCAUGCACACGCCUUUAAUCCCAGCACUCAGAGGCAGAGGCAGGCAGAUCUCUGAGUUCAAGGCCAGCCUGGUCUACAGAGCAAGUUCCAGGACAUCAAGGACUACAUAGAGAAACCCUGUGUGGAAAAACAAAAUCAAAAUCAAUAAAACAAAGAAAUCAGCCUUUCACAUAUAAAGUAUAUUGUACAUGUAGCACACCUGGAAAAAAGUCAUCAGCGGCUGAUACUGGGGAGAAGUUAGUGAAGCUUUUUUUCUCCCCUGGGUAUGUUGAGAAAGCUUUUGCUAGACCCGAGAGUAGAGUGAUGGCUAUAGAAGCGGGUGUCUUGGUCUUAAGAAGCUGACAGAGAAAUGCUGUACUUAGCUGACAGGCACACGGCAAUUCACUCUACUCUGCCUUCUUACAUCUUCUCAUGCUUUACCGUAAUACCGUGAAGAAAAAAAAAAAAAACAGGCCUUUAAAAGUUGGUUUCUAUUUAUGCUGUUCUAUAAAAGGUAACAAGAUGUAUUUACUGUAUUAAAAUGUUAUGAAACAGAGAAAACUAAAAACCUACAAUUUUCUGAAUGUCAUCCCUCCUGCAAUUGAUUUCAAUUUUUAUCUUAGCUGUAUGGGGUUUAUGAGUUUGAAAGUGGGCUGGAGACCUGGCUCAUCAGAAAAGCGCCUGCUGCUCCUGCGGAGAACUGAGGUUUGGUUCCCAGGACUCACAGUGGCAUGUCACAGCAGCCUGAAACUCGUCCAGCUUCCAGGGACCCAGUGCCCUCUUCUAGACUCCAGGGCAACCGUGCACACACAAACACAAAUCAAUCAAUCAGUCUUAGAAAGUGAUUUCUGGAGUGUCUAAUCUCUGACUGAGUCCUUUCCGUCCUUCAGACCAUAGCUAUGAAGAGUUUGACAGUCACUUUGUCAAACCAUCUAAUGCCAAGCUUGGUUCCUCAUCUUAGCAUCUUCUCCGGCUGCUGUCAUUAAAAUAUCCUGACAAAAGCAAAGGAAGAAGAAAGAGUGUAUUUGGCACCCAGUUUAAGGUAGUCCAUGACGACAGAAGUCCAGGGGGCAGGAGCUUGUGCUGAAGCUGGUCACAACCAGCCACAGUCAAGGAGCAGGGGAUAAAUGCUUGCUGGUGCUCAGCACUUUCUUCCACUUCAUAUGAUCCAGGACACACUGGGGGUGGGGGGUUCUGCCGACAAUGCCCCGCAGGCAUGCCUACAGGCCCAUCUCACAAGUGGUUCUAACUGAAUCCACUAACCACUAACCCUGUCAAUGCUUCUCUGGAGAAUUGAACACAAUGGUGUGUUACCAUUUCUUUUUCUUUUGGGUAUAUGUCUGCUGUGCAUUAUGUGCGUUCACUGCCAGAGGAGGCAGUCAGGUCCCCAGACUGAGAUUACAGAUGGUUGUGAGUCAUCAUGUUGGAGCUGGGAAUUGAACCUGGGUCCUCAGGCAGA